AUGGCAGAAGCAGUUUUAGGUGGACUUUAUAAAGGAGGACAUCCUGCCAACCAUUUACGUUUCUCAGAACCUAUUGAAGAAAGACGUCAAUAUCUCUCUAAACACUACCAGGGCGUGAUUUCUUCUUCUUCGAAUUCAGACGUUGUGAAGGGCGCUGAUAUCGUUAUCUUGGCCGUGAAACCACAGGUGAUGCCCUCUGUCGUUCAAGAUUUAGCACCUCAUAUCGAUCCCAAGACGUUGAUCGUUUCGAUUGCGGCUGGUAUCGAAACCAAGGCCCUCCAACGUUGGUUUCAAUCACCCUUAGCCAUCGUUCGUUUGAUGCCUAAUACACCUGCUCUUAUCAGUGAAGGCGCAAUGGGUCUCUUUGCUAAUUCUUUUGUUUCUGUUGAGCAAAAACAGAUUGUAGAAAGUCUGUUUGGUUCCAUCUCAAAGGUAUUAAGUUGGGUUCAUGAAGAAUCCAUGAUAGACGCUGUGACGGGUGUAAGUGGAAGUGGUCCUGCUUAUUUCUUUUUAAUUAUGGAAGCCAUGGAAAAUGCGGCAAUGGAUUUAGGAUUUAGUAGAGAAGAUGCUAAAGCAUUGACAGUACAGACAUGUUUAGGAGCUGCACGUAUGGCACAAGAGAGUAAUGAAGAUGUAUCAAGUUUACGUCAAAAGGUAACAUCACCUAAUGGAACAACAGAGGCAGCCAUCAAGGUGAUGGAAAGCUCUCAAAUUCGUGAUAUUAUGAAAAAUGCUAUUGUAGCUGCUACAAAACGUAGUCAGGAAUUAGCAAAGGAGUUGGGUGGAGAAAAGAAAUAA